AUGCUGUCCAACCCGCUCCACCGCUUUUCGCCAUACCAUGGCAUGCAGUCCAGCACCCUCUUCUCCAACGCCCACCACGUUCCAAACGGCCAUGCCCACGCAAACGGUCUCGAUCCCCUGACACCCAGCUCACACUAUGCGCUUCAACAGAUUCAGCAGCAGGUUGGGGGAGUACACGGUCCACACCUCGCGCGAGCAGGCCCUCAGUCGGCAAAACACCGUCAACACCCAUAUGGCGGGGGACCCGCGGGUCGGUCUUCUAGCACAUCAGGUCCCGUUCGCAGGAGAAUCAGCCGGGCCUGUGAUCAGUGUAACCAGCUGCGUACAAAGUGCGACGGGCAACAUCCUUGUGCCCAUUGCGUAGAAUUCGGCUUGGGCUGCGAGUACAUCCGCGAGAGAAAGAAAAGAGGCAAAGCGUCACGAAAAGACCUCGCCGCGCAAGCAGCCGCGCAAGCAGGGACGACAGGCACAGAACAAGGUUCGAAAUCGCCUUCCGCCGACAAUGGCCAGCCUACGGAGCAGUCCGAGUCCAGCAGCGCCAAGGCAGGGCCAUCACUAGGCACGACGAGUUCGCAACACGGUCACAUCGGCAAGGCCAUGGACGAGCUCAGCGAGGACGCCAUGCACCAAAGCCAAAGGACCGGCUCGCUAGAUAGCAUAGGAGACAUGGUUAGCCACCAAGCCCACCUGGCAGCUCACCACGGGAUGGACAGAGACCACCUCGAAAGCCCGACAACUCUGGAUCUCAACGGCUACGGGGGCGUCCACGGGGGAUAUGACAGGCAAGGCCUGGGCGCACAUAUGAUGCCGAGUCCGGCACACGCAGCGUACGGUCCAAACCCGGGCGGCAUAUCAGCAUAUCCCGACAUACCAUAUCCCAUGCAGACCCAGAGCCCAACGGCAUAUACCAACGGCGCUCCGUUCCGAAUCGCAGCCAGCCCGAUCAGUGCAUACCCCCUCGGUGGUGAACCAACAUCCCCAGAGUGGAUUUCCAUGUCUUCUCCUCCACCGGCGCAAUACCAGUCUCACAUGCCCCCGAGCAGCUACGCCCACCCCGGUCAACAACUACGAUACCCGGUCUUGCACCCUCUGAUGCCCCAUCUCGGGAACCUCAUCCCGGCGGCCUUGGCUUGCGACCUGAUCGAUCUCUACUUCGCGUCCUCGUCCUCGGCGCAGAUGCACCCAAUGUCACCCUACGUCCUAGGCUUCGUCUUCCGCAAGAGAUCCUUCCUCCAUCCCAGCAAACCCAGACGCUGUCAACCCGCGCUGCUGGCUAGUAUCCUCUGGGUGGCAGCCCAGACCAGCGACGCACCCUUUUUAACCAGCGUCCCCUCGGCGAGAGGCAAGAUCUGCCAAAGGCUGCUGGAGUUGACCGUCAGCCUGCUCAAGCCACUCAUCCACACGCCAUCAGGCGACACAUCACCAGUAACCAGCCCAGCCAUCGAUGGCGUAGCUCUCGGCGGGCUUGGCGUCGCGCUUCCCGGGUCCAUCAGCAUGGACGCACUCACGGGCGAGUCUGGUCCAUUUGGGGCCGCCGGCACACUGGACGACGUAAUCACCUACAUCCACCUCGCGACGGUGGUCUCCGCGAGCGAGUAUAAGGGUGCGAGCCUGCGAUGGUGGAACGCGGCCUGGUCCCUGGCGAGAGAGCUGAAGCUCGGCCGCGAACUGCCGCCAACCCCUCUCUCCAUGAACCAAAGCAACGGACAUGACGGGGAGGGCGGCAUCGAUGUUGACGCCGAAGACGAAUUGGCAGGCAAUGGGCACCCCGGUGUCAUCACGGAGGAGGAGCGCGAGGAGCGCCGAAGGAUAUGGUGGCUCACGUACAUUGUCGACCGCCACCUAGCCCUGUGCUAUAACAGGCCACUAUUCCUGCUCGACCUCGAGUGCGCCGGUCUGCUGCAGCCGAUGGACGACACGGCGUGGCAGAAUGGCGAGUUCCGACUCGCAAACGCCACGACGGACCCCAGCCUGGGAGGAGACGCCUCAACCGGUGCCGCCGGCGCAUCGAGCGGGGGCCGUGUGCGCGGUCCGCACUUUGAGUGUACUGGGCACAGCAUAUUCGGCUACUUCCUCCCGCUGAUGACGAUCCUGGGUGAGAUUGUGGACUUACAUCACGCGCGAAACCACCCGCGGUUCGGCGUGGGGUUCCGCUCGGCGCGCGAGUGGGAUGACCAGGCUAGCGAGAUCACGCGCCACCUCGAGGCGUAUGAGAAGAGCCUCGGGCGGUUUGAGCAGCUUCACCUCACGCGGGCCAACGGCAAUCUCAACCUCGACGAUAACGGCGACGUGGUGGUGGUGAACCCGGAGAGCGGCAGCGUAGACCACGGCCCGAUUGCCGACAUUGGCACACCUUCCGUACACUCGGUCCACACGACCGCCUCCUCCUCACUCAACCGCAUGACGGAGAGCGACAUCCAGACCAAGAUCGUCAUGGCGUACGGCACCCACGUAAUGCACGUGCUGCACAUCCUCCUGGCGGGCAAGUGGGAUCCCAUCAACCUCAUUGACGACAACGACCUGUGGAUCUCGUCGCAGGGCUUCAUCACGGCGACGGGCCACGCCGUCUCGGCGGCCGAGGCUAUCAGCCACAUUCUCGAGUUCGACCCGGGCUUGGAGUUCAUGCCGUUCUUCUUUGGUAUCUACCUCCUCCAGGGGUCGUUUUUGCUGCUCCUCAUUGCGGAUAAGUUGCAGCUUGAGGCGUCGCCUAGUGUUGUCAAGGCGUGUGAGACGAUUGUGCGCGCGCAUGAGGCCUGCGUUGUGACGUUGAAUACAGAGUACCAGCGCAACUUUAGCAAGGUUAUGCGAAGUGCUCUGGCGCAGGUCAGGGGUCGCGUGCCGGAGGAUCUCCACGAGCAGCACCAGCGUCGACGAGAGCUGCUUGCUUUAUACCGGUGGACUGGCGAUGGUACGGGGCUUGCACUCUGA